AUGCUCGUCCUCAUCACCGGCGCCACCGGCCACGUCGGCUUCCGCGUGCUCGUCUCCGCCCUCAACGCCGGAUACCGCGUCCGGGCCGCCGUGCGCAACCAGGCCAAAGCAGACGCCAUCCUGGCGGCGCCUUCCAUCCAAGCCAUCGCGCCGGGGGGCGGCGACCGGCUGACCUUCGUCUUCGUCCCCGAUCUCCUCGCCCCGGGCGCCUAUGACGACGCCGUCCGCGAUGUCGACUAUGUCAUCCACGUUGCGUCCCCGCUGGCGCGCGGUAUUGAGCCUGACCGCUACGAGGAGGAUCUCAUCCUGCCUGCUGUCCAGGGCACGGUGGGUAUCCUCUCUGCUGCUGCUGGCCGCAACGGAAACCGCGUCAAGCGCGUGGUCAUCACGUCUUCCAUCGCUGCUCUCGGGCUGGUAGCAGACACCUCCUCCUCAGACAGAGUGUUUGACGAGACGUCCAGAGCCGGUACCGACCCGGUCAUCGGCCCGCACAACACCGCUAUGGAGGCGUACGCAGCGUCCAAGAUCCGCGCGCUGGCCGCGACAGAGCAGUUCGUGCAGGACCACGGGCCAAAACUAACCUUUGACGUCGUCAACAUCCAUCCGUCCUUCGUGAUCGGGAAGAACGAGCUUGUCACGGAUCCAAAAGACAUCCUCAGGGGGUCAAACGUGUGGGCCUUUGCCCAGGUUCUCGGCCAGUCGCUCCCUGCGCCGGUGAUCGGACACACGGUGCAUCUCGACGACGUGGCGGAGAUCCACGUCCGCGCACUGAUGCUCGAUCUCCAGGGCAAGAAGGUGCAGAGUCUGGUGGCCACGUCGGGCGGGGUCGAUGGCACGGAGCUCAGCGACGCUAUUGCCAUCGUCAACAGACAUUUCCUGGAGGAGGUGAAGAGUGGCGUGCUGCCCAAUAACGGGACUGUGCAGACGCUUCGAAGGAAGAUUGAUGCGUCCAUGACAGAGAAGCGGUUGGGGAUGAAGUUCCGCUCGUAUGAGGAUCAGAUCCUCAGCGUGACGGAGCAUUAUCUCGAACUGGUGGAAAGGUCGACCUAG